CGAAAGACCCCAAAGGGCCAAGAUGGCUGCGCCCGGCACAAACACCGGGGAGUUUGAAAGCUGGCUAAAUGAUCGGCUAGACUCGUUAGAAGUUGACCGAGAGAUCUACGGGGCGUACAUUUUAGGGGUCCUGCAAGAAGAGGAGAAUGACGAGGAGAAAGAGGAUGCGCUUCAAGGGAUUUUAUCCGCAUUUCUGGGUGAGGACACCAUGGAAGAUGUCUGCAAACAGAUCAUCAAGCAGUGGGAAGAGUGUUGCAGCCGAUCAGCAGCCAGAAGGGAUGCUGAUGAUGCCGAGGUCCAGGCCAUCGCCAGUAUGAUAGAAAAACAAGCCCAGAUUGUGGUGAAACAAAGGGAGGUUUCCGAGGAGUCGAAGAAAAGGAAAGAAGCCCUCCUUGCUCAGUACGCUAACGUAACAGAUGAAGAGGAUGAAGCUGAGGAAGAGGAGCCAGCAAGUGGAAAUAACCUCCUGGGAAAUGAUAAAUCCCUGUUUAAGAACACCAACGUGGAGGAGGUGCUGAACAGACAAAAACAAAAGCGGGAACAGGCUCGCGAGGACGCCCAGAAGAAGAAGGAAUUGGACAAGAUGCAGCGGGAGAAGGACAAACUAGCCAAACAAGACAGAAAAGAGAAAGAGAAGAAGCGUACACAGAAAGGCGAACGCAAAAGAUAAAACCAAGAGAAAGGACACUUUGUAUAUGAAAAGGUUUUGUUACAAGACAAAAUUAAAAAAAAGUCAUCGCCUCUUUUUAGCAAACCUUCAUUGUCACCUUCAGUAUACGAACAUGAAUUCCUCAGACCCUCCUUGUUAAUUUUCUGCAUCUCUUACAGUGUAAAGGACAAUGUACUGGAUGUUGUACAGGUCUGAAACACUUUUUUUUUUCUUCCUUUUUUUGAAUAGUGAUAUGGGCAGAUACAGAACGAUGUGGUCUAGGAAUAAAGCUGCGAAUCUUUAUAUGAUGAUGAUUGCAAUGAGUCAGUCUUACGCUAAUGAAAAAAAGAAAUUGCUUAUUUAAGCUUCUGCCAAUGUGACGCCGAUCCAGCGAGAGUGAAACGUGCUUCGGCUAAGUUUUGACACAGUUAUCCCUAAAAUGAUCAAAGAAUUCACCUGAAACAGAAAUUGGAUUGACUAUGGAAAAUAUGGGGGAACAACUCAGUCCAGAGUUUCCACUGUUAACCCCUGUGCCAAUAUCUAGCAAACACGUUUCAUUUCUACACCAGUAAAAGUAUAAGUAAAGGCGGUUUUCAUGUCAAACAUUUUUACUUUCAUUUCAGAGCUUUAGGUUUUAGUUUUACUGUCUAUGCAUUUGUCUGAGAGUACGAACAAAGGUCCGGUUGCUAAAUUAUAUCUCAAAUAUAUAAUGUACCAUGAUUUGAAUGUUCAUCAUGUGGUUUGUCAUCUUUUUAAAGUAAUAAAAAAACAUUU